AUGGAGUCUUCUAGAUCUGCCACUUUUAUCCACGAUAUAGAGAAAUUCGUCAAAGCUGGAGUGCUCCCAAAGCUUAUAGAUCCACAAUUGCCUCCUGCUUUGAUGAAAAAGUACUCAAUACCGCAGCUCAGGUUGUCCGAUCUGGAAUCGUCGCAGGCUAGCGAAGUUCCACCACGCAAGAUAGUCAAUUUCAGCUACGAGGCUUCUAAAAUGACAGCGAACUCAUCAUGA